UUGUAACCGCAAGUGCCCGGAUGACACCAAUAGCAACAAGACAACAAGAUGGCGGACACGGAGAGUGUUGAUACUCACGAUACGAGUAAUGAUGCCAACGAAGAUCCUUUACAGGAUUUAAGUGAUGAAGAAUUGUACCAAUUAGUUGAAGACACAAUUCGUGCAAAUGAAGUCCUUGGCACAGAAACACUCAUGUUCGAAAAAUAUCUUGAACGUGUGGAGCCAAAAGACUUGGCAGGCAUUUCUGCUGGUACAGGUGCAACACCAUCUCAAUCAUCUCAAGACUUGGUCCGCCGUGUCGACCGAAAAAGAUCAAAAUCCAGAAGCAGUAAUAUUGAUAAAUCCCUUCGACUCACUGCUGAGCAGAAAUGUGACAUUGCUCAAAAGGAAAUUGAAGAACUCCGAGAAGAUAUUGAUAAGCUAAAAGAUGCUUCAGAAAACAUUCUGGAUACAUAUAAGGCUCUAAUGGAAGAGGCAGAUUUACGACUUACAGAAACAAAGAAAGAACGAUAUGAAUUUGAUCGUGACAUCAUGAAAGGGGCCGGUGGGUCUCAACAAGCCAAAGUUGUGGCUGAGAAAGUUGUCCGCUAUUUUGAAGACCGGAUUAAAUCAAGAGACACUUUAAUUGAGAAGUUGCGACUGAAAAAUGCUACUUUGAAAGUACAGAAGAAGAAAUUACACUUACAACUGAAACAGAAAGAGGAGAUGGGUGAAGUGCUACACGAGGUGGACUUUAACCAGCUGCGUAUCGAGAACCAGCAGUACCUGGAGAAGAUUGACGAGCGUAACAAAGACCUGCUCAACCUCAAACAGAUGGCGGGCAGUACCACUCAGGUCCUAAACACAUACAAGAAAAAGUUGUCCACCCUGACACUUGAAUCUGAGCGUCUAAAGUCAGAGAUCACCUCCAGAAAUGACCUAUUGCAGAGGAUAGAUGCUGAAACUAAAGUGGUCGAAGAUGAGCGUGCAAAAGCAGAGAAGAGGAACCGGAAGCUUCGUCAGCAGCUGGCAGACUAUAGGGUGCCGGAAGUGAUGGAAUACGUUGGGGAAAAGGCUGACCUCUACGAACUACAGAAGAAGGUGAAAAGCUGGGAAAGGAAAGUGGAGAUUGCGGAUUUAAUUAGUACGCAACUGAAAGGAAAAUGGCACAAGAUGGCCAGGGGUUUGUUUGGAGCACUGAUUUUAAAAAAGGGGGAUUGCAGAUACAUCAGAACGGAUGGCAUUAAGAACGCACAGAAAAACGUGGCAGCAAAUGAAAAUAAGCAGCCACCAAAUGGCCAACCAGUUCCAUUUGAUGGAAGCCCACUGAGGGAUUUCCCUAAGAGACGGUUUCUAAGGAGUCGUGCCCAGUAACUGUUGUGUGUCACCGUAGAAACAGUGUCAAUAAAAAAAUCCUCUCACUUUUCAGGAGGUAUUUUAUGUUUGUAAAUAGUUGUUUAUUUGUAUAUUUCAUGUUUUCCUUUGGAAUUGUAUUGAAUUUUUAAAUAAAAGAGUCUUUGAAAUAUUUAUGAAUUUCUGUUAUUUAAAUUUAAUUAAUUGUUAAAAGCCAUUCACCAAUAGUUUUUUAUCAUUCUAUGCGAAAUAAAAAUGUACAUACAGAGUCAAAAAUGAUGAAGUUUGUUGGCAAGGAUUGCUUAAUAUUUGUAUGCACAAAAAUGUGUAACAUUUUUAACAUGAGUGUGCGAAAUGGCCCAGACCAAACUGUACUUAUAGAUUUGUAAAUUGUUUUAAUCUUCAGUUAAUUGUUUUUAUCAGUCAGUAUUUCUGCAUUUGUUGAAUAUAUUCAAUAUGAAUAAACACACCUGAACACCA